CUCAAUGACCUAUUUAAAAGCGGAACCGCAUUCGUUUUGGGGUCACUUGUCAAGGACAUCUAUCUGUUUCCGUGAUCCGCUUGAUCUUGAGAUGUCUCCUUCCGUGGGUUAUUGGAAAAUCCGUGGACUAGCUCAGUCUAUUAGGUUGUUACUGGAGUACAUCGGUGAGGAAUUUGAUGAUAUACAAUAUGAAUGUGGGCCAGCUCCUGAAUACAGCAGAAAAGACUGGGAAGAUGUAAAGCCAAACAUGGGCCUGGAUUUUCCAAAUCUCCCUUAUUAUAAGGAUGACGAUGUCAAUCUGACGCAGACUGCAGCUAUCUUGGCAUAUGUCGCCGAGAAGCACAACAUUGGUGGAUCAACUCCGAAAGAUCGUGCUGUCCUCGCUAUGAUAAACGGUGCAGUCAGCGAUGUACGAAUGGCUUACGUUCGUCUCUGCUAUAGCUCAGAUUUUGAGAAGCUGAGGCCCGGGUUUGUAUCAGAUUUGCCGCACCUUCUGAAGCCGUUCGAUGAAUACCUAAAGACGAGAAGCUGGAUUUCGGGCGAUCAGCUGAGCUAUCCAGAUUUCAACUUCUAUGACUUACUUGACUGUCUGAAGACGUUGGAACCAAACUGUUUGAACGCGUUCCCAAGGCUGCAGCAAUACAUUACCAAGUUCGAGGCUUUACCUCAGAUCGCUGCCUACAUGCAAUCACCCCGGUUUUUGAAGUGGCCCAUGAACAACAAAAUGGCGUCAUGGGGUGGUGACAAAUAGAACUCUCAGUGCACUCAGUGCCUUCAUUGUUGCACUUUUUCUUCCCCCGAUCACGUGUGUCACGAUACUGCUUAACUACUUGUUCCAAUACAAGGUUUGAUUCAUUGC